AGGCAAAGGAACAAAGGAAGAUCCAGAUCCGGUGGCUGUGGAGAGCGAGAAGUGUCUCGGGAUGGAUAAAUUUAAGGCUGCACUUGUACUGGCCGGGGUAGGGGAUGCUCUUGGUUACAGAAAUUUCUCCCGACAGGACAAUGCUUUAGGUGCAAAAAUCCAGCAGGAGCUGAAGGAAAUCGGAGGGCUGGAGAACCUGGUGCUCUCCCCAGACAAAUGGCCAGUAAGUGACAACACGCUCAUGCACAUGGCUACAGCAGAGGCUGUCAUCACAGAUUACUGGUGUUUGGAGGACCUGUACCGUGAGCUGGUGAAGCGCUACGUGGAUGCUGUGGACAAGCUCUCGGGGAGGAGGCCAGACCCUGCAACCAUCGAGGGCUGCCGGGAGCUGAAGCCAGAUAACUACCUUCUGGCAUGGCACACUCCAUUCAAUGAAAAGGGUUCUGGUUUUGGAGCAUCUACAAAAGCAAUGUGCUUAGGGAUGCGUUACUGGAAGCCAGAGAGGCUGGAGUCACUUAUUGAAGUGAGCAUUGAGUGUGGACGAAUGACUCACAACCACCCUACAGGCUUUCUAGGCUCCCUAUGCACAGCUCUCUUUGUGGCAUAUGCAAUACAAGGGAAGCCCCUGGUGCAGUGGGGAAGAGAAAUGAUGAAGGUUGUGCCAAUGGCGGAGGAAUACUGUAAGAAGACCAUUCGUCACAUGGCAGAAUAUCAGGAGCACUGGUUUUACUUUGAAGCCAAGUGGCAGUUUUACCUGGAGGAGAGAGAAAUCAAUGAGGAGAACCAGAACAAAGCUGUCUUUCCAGACAACUAUGAUGCAGAGGAGAGAGAAAAGACAUACCGCAGAUGGAGUUCUGAAGGUCGGGGCGGGAGACGAGGCCACGAUGCCCCAAUGAUUGCCUACGAUGCCCUGCUGGGGUGCGGCGGGGACUGGACAGAGCUCUGCAACCGCUCCAUGUUCCACGGAGGAGAAAGUGCAGCGACGGGAUCUAUUGCUGGCUGCCUCUAUGGGCUGGUGUACGGCCUGAGCAAGGUUCCUAAGGGCAUGUACCAGGAUCUUGAGCAAAGAGAGAGGCUAGAGUACUUGGGCGAGAACCUUUACCGACUGUCCAUGGAGGAAAAGUAAAACUGUCUCUGCCAUUUUCUCUUGCUUUAAAGACUAUAUCAAAUCCUGUAGAUAACUGUCCGACUUUAAUGAUGAAGGCAUUAGCUGAGAGUUAGUCUGAAAGGAUGUAUGUAGAUUGUGUGCAAGUGAAGAUAGCUGAAUAAUUGAAGAACAACUAGAUAUUUACAGUGUUGGUGGGUUUUUUUUACAGAUGUAGGGAUUUUUGAAUAUAAAUAUUGCUGCUUAAGCCCGUGAGAUAACCUCAAAUGGAAAAAAAUAAAUAAAAACUUUUGACUGA